AUGCGCUCCACCACCCUCACCACCACCCUCACCACCACCCUCCUCGUCGCCACCACCGUCACCGCCCUCCCCGAGCUCUCGAUAGCGAAGAGGCACAAACACGGCGCCCGCCCGGUGCUGCAGAAGAGGCAGGACGAUGAGAUCGUGGGCACGACGGUAUACGACAUUAUCACGUACAGCACGGGGGGUGCUUAUUACGCCAAUCUAACGGUCGGCACACCUCCGCAGAACCAGGUCGUCAUUCUGGAUACUGGGUCUUCCAACCUCUACUUCGACGCUUCCUCCGCUCCAGCAUGCCAGACUGACGGCGCGUAUGCCUGUCGAGGCGGCACCUUCUCACCCGCAAAGUCCUCCUCUUAUGAGAUCGUUGAGCCCGCGCCGGCAUUCGACACCCGCUUCGGCGACGGCAGCACCGCCUCCGGCCCUUUCGCCUCGGACACUAUCUGCCUCUCCGACGUCUGCGUCUCUAACGUCCAGUUCGGGGUCGCCCAGCAAGUCAAAAGCACCACCGGCUACGCCAUCGGGCUGAUGGGGCUCGGCUAUUCCGCCAACGAGGCCACGCGGCAUGAAUACCCCAACAUCCCGGAAGUUCUCCAAGCGUCUAGCGAGAUCAACAGCCGUCUCUACUCCGUCUACCUGAACGAUGAGGGCGCGACUUCGGGCUCCAUCCUCUUCGGCGGGAUUGAUGUCAGCAAAUACACCGGGCCGUUGCAAACACUGGAUGUCUUACCAGAUGCGAGAACACGCUACAUCGACCAGUUCAUCACCUCCGUCACGGCGCUCAGAACCACCGUCGCCGGCUCCAGCGCCACCAUCUUCGCCAACGGCGCCACGGGAGUCGACGCCUACGCCUCCCGCAGUGGCUCUUUGCCGGUACUGCUGGACACCGGCUCCGCGGCGUGGUCCGUGCCACCGUCGGUCUACCGCGCCCUCCUCAGCCAGUUCCCCUACAUCACCAACCAAGGCGUCUGCGACUGCUCGCACGCCGACUCCGACGAUACGCUAACGCUCACCUUCGACGGCGCCAUCGAGAUCACCGUCCCCGCGAGAGAAUUCAUCGUUCCGCUGUACAACCGCACCACGAACGCCGCGUACACGUUCACCGACGGGGAUCAGGCGUGCGUUUUCAUGGUCGUGCCUUCCCGCGGGACCGGGCAAGGGUUUUUGACGCUGGGCGAUGCGGUGUUGAGGAGUAUGUACGUCGUCUUCGACCUGGAUCAAGGCCAACUCAGCCUGGCGCAGGCGAAUGUCAACUCCACCGCCUCUCCUGAUGUUCGGGAGGUGGCAGCCGGACCGAACGGGGUGAAGAAUGCCGCGAGCAGGGUGCAAGCUGCGCCGAGCGAGAGCGGGAGCGCGUGGCCCAUUGCGCCGCAGCUUAGCGGAUCUGCCACGCAAGAGUUCUCGGUGAAGACGGCGACGACGACGGUGGGGGCCGCGACGGGCACGGCGGCGGUGCCGGCGGAUGCUCAGCCGAGCGAGAGUGCUAGCGCGGCGGGGCUGCGGGUGCACCCCAAACUGCCUCCGUGGAUGGAUUGGGGGUAUUUGUGCGGGGUUGGGAUGGUGGUGUUGAUGCUCUUUCUGAUAUCGGUGCCGGUUUGGGUCUAG